AUGGACAUAGAAAAAUGUAGGUGCUACUACAAAAUACUUAACGUCCAAAACAAUGCUACUUUAGAGGAGAUUAAGAAAAGCUAUAAAAAAAUAAUACUACAAUAUCAUCCAGAUAAGAAUGCACAUUUGCCUGAAGAAGAGCAAAGAAGAUGCACAAAUAUAUUUAGAUGUGUUCAAGAAGCAUACGAAUGUUUAAUUGAUGAAAAACGUAGAAAAUGGUAUGACAAAAAUAGAUGGCGUAUUAUUAGGGGGAAAGGAGAUGAAGAAGAGGCGGAUGAAGCUGCAUGUGGACCAAAUGGACAGUGGGAAAGAAGUACGAAGGACGUGAACAGGUAUUACAGUGGUAGCAGAACAAAGAUAAAUAUAUGGGAAUACUUUAGCAAUAACUGUUACAACGGAUUUGAUGACAAGGAAGAGAACAAUUUUUAUAAUGUGUAUAAAAAAUUAUUUGAAAAUAUAAUAAAAGAAGAAAAUGAAGAAUUAACAUGGAGUUAUAAUAAUAGACAUAAAGAAGAUAAAGAAGAAAAAAUUAAUGCCCCAAGCUUUGGUAAUUCGAAGACGAGUGGAAAAGAUAUAGAUGAUUUUUAUGAUUAUUGGACAAAUUUUUCAACAGUAAAAAAAUUUGAUUAUUAUUAUGAGUACUUAAAAAAUGCUGAGUUUGAAAAUAGGAAUGUUAGGAGGAAUUUAAAGAAAGCAGGGGAAAAAAGAAGCAUAAAAGAAAGAAAGGAAUACAAUGAUAAUAUUAGAUCACUUGUACAGCAUUUAAAAAAACAUGAUAUACGUUAUUUAAACAGAGUCGUUGAAAUUGCGGAGGAAAAAAGAAAAAAAAUUGAAGAAAUAGAAAGGCAUAAAAAGCAGCAGAUGAUGUUAAAAAGAAAACUGCUGUUUGAGCAGAAUAAUUUUAAGCGGGAAUAUUUGGAGCAUAAGGAAAAUGAUAACUCAAGUGCUCGCUGGUCCUCAUCUAAUGAGGAUAAUUUCGAAAAUAAAGGACAAUCCACUUAUAAUGGGUGCACAUAUGGGGAAGAAUUACGUAGGAAAAACCCCGAUCAAAAGAAAGAAGAAAAGGUGAAAAAAGGCGCUAAUCCUAAUGAAGGGGAUGUUAAAGCGGCUGUUUCGAGCAUCGAAGCUAAGACCACGAACGCUGCUAAUGCUACGAAUGCGGUUUGCACUGCUAGUGAGCAUAAAAAGAGAAUGCAUACGGGAGAUGACAACGACGACGAUGAGGAAGAUACAAUUGUUUACAAUAAAAUUAUCUAUAGAUGUGAUGUAUGUAGAAAAAAUUUCAAAAGCAUGAAGCAAUACACUUCUCAUGAGUCUUCGAAAAAACAUUUAACCAACUUUUUGAAAAAUGCGCAAAAGUACGAAUUGAACGGUAUUUUUAGAGAAGACGAAGGAGGUGAAACGGGAAAGGAGGUACAUAAAGAGGUGCAGCAAAAAGAUUGGAAAGAGGUACAGAAUGACGUAUGUGAAGACGUGGAGCAAGAAGUAGGACAAGAGAACAGUUCUGAAAUACGAGACGAGGAAAAAAGUAAAGCAGAAGGAAGCGUAAAGAAAGAGAAGAAGAAGAAGAAGAUGAAGAUGAAGAAAAAGAAGGAGGAGAUGGAAAAAGAAAACACACCUUAUUGUAGAAAUACACAAAAGGAUACGAACUCUGCCGAGAAGUCUUCAAAUUCUAAUGAGGAUUUAUUAUCAUGGUAUAAAAAUGGCAAAAAGAAGAAUAAAGAUAUAUUCCUACAAGCAGAAAAGAGUGUGUUUGAGAAUAAGGAUUCUUUACAUGAGGACCUGAAGGUUAGCAAUUCUAGUAGUGAUUAUUAUGAAACAUCAAGAAGAAAGAAAAAAAAACCCAAAAAAAAAAAAAAAAAAGAAGGUAUGAAUACAAUUAAUAAGGAAGUAAACAAUCCUUCUAAAAUAAAUAAGGAUGGUACAAACAAACAAAAAGUGAAUGGUCAAACAGAGUGUAAAUUAAAAGAGAGCAUAAACAAAAAUCAGUGCAAAGUAUGUAAUGAAACUUUUAAUUCUAGAAAUAAAUUAUUUGAACACAUACAAACGGAAGGGCAUGCAGCAUAUAAGGACAUGACCAUACCUACAAAAAUGAGUAAAAAUAGGAGGGAACGUUAA